AUGGUAAGCACGAGGGGAUGUAGCUCAAAUGGUAGAGCGCUAGCUUUGCAUGAGAGAGGCUUUGUAGAGUUGGAUUUCGGGUUGCCAAGGAGCUAUCAAGAGGUGGAUAUGCAUAUAUGUCUAGAUCAAGAUAUAAACAAAGGCAUUGCAGUCAUUACCAGUGGUCUACGGUUCCAUAUUUCAAAAGCAUCAUGGUUUUUCUACCUUAGCUUCCGACGGUGCUUCUGCAGGAGCGAUGAAGAGAAAGGAACGAUAUCUGUCACAUUUGUUUCAAAGGAUGGAGAAGAAAUUCCCAUUCAAGUGCCUAUUGGAAUGUCCAUGCUGGAAGCAGCUCAUGAAAAUGUUAUAGAACUUGAAGGAGCAUGUGAGGGUUCACUUGCUUUUUCAACAUGCCAUGUCAGAGUGAUGGACAUGGAGUACUAUAAUAAAUUGGAAGAUCCAGUUGAUGAGGAGAAUGACAUGUUGGACCUGGCCUUUGGGCUUACCGAAACGUCUCGUUUGGGAUGUCAAAUAGUUGCAAGUCCUGAACUUGAUGGAAUUUGUUUAGCAAUCCCUGCUGCCUCCCGAAACUUUGCUGUUGACGGGUAUGUUCCAAAACCACAUUAGACAUGAUCAAUAUCAAUAAAACACCUAACUCAAUUUAAAUGAGCACAGAGGAUCCAAUUAUCCAGUUUUGUAGCUUCAGCAAUCCUAUUUGAAUCGGGGAGCAUAUAUUAUUCUCGAAUGACUGCUUUUUCUAUUGAUUAUUGCUUAUUGAAUUCCCAAUAAUCCUUGUGUGACAUUGAUUCUAUAUAUCAAAUGAUGUCAAAGCUCCCAUGACCACACUGUGUUCUGCACCUUUUUAUAUAGAGACCAGGGAACUCAAUUUAAUGUCAGUUAUGAUAGGAUGAACGCAAUAUGCUGACUGUUGAAUCAUAAUUUAACUGUGGAUCACCUUCUUAAACACAUGACCUUCAUGAUGGUCAAGAAUUUAGUGAAA